GAGGAGAUGGUGACUCAAACAAUUCAGAGCGACAGAACCUCUCUCUGGAAACUCAUGUUACAGUAGUAUACAUCAACUUGGGGGAACAGCAGAAGAUCUUCAAGCACCAUGAAACAGCAAAGAACCCGAAACUGUGCCAGCCAAUGUUGAAGGAGGUAAUUUACUGAAUAUAUUUAUGAAAAGUUAUUUGAAGAAGUUUAGUAAAGCAUUUGUUGGCAUCAUUCUCAAAGCAACACAAUCCGAGGGGGUCAUUGUGUUCAUUUAACUUCCUAGAACAAGAACUCAUGUAGAUCACAGUUUUUGCAUAACAGAUGGGCAGAGAAAAUAUAUUUAAAUGCCCAAAUAGGUUUCUUUUAUGACUGCAGAAAAAAGGUAACCUCAUUGCUCAAGACGAAGACCACAAGCCACAGCGACCACCCCAUCCGGGACCACAAACCUUCACUGUUUAGCUUUGAGCUGUUGAUCAAAAGUCAAUCAAAAGGACCUACUUAUUUCCACUGAACAACUACUGCCCAGACGUUAUACUGCUGUUUCAGCAGCAAUUGCGACAGAGAGACAGACAAGGGAACAUGACUUACUCCCCCGCUCUCUCUGCUUCUUUGAUGUCAGUGGAGCGUGUGUUCCUUAUCAUCAGCAGUAUCUGUGUCAUCACUAUACUGGGACAUGCACCCCCUGAAGGAGACAUCUUGUUUGAACAUUUGCCCUCUGAACACCAUCUAUCCCCAGGAAGGACUGCUGUGUUUAUCUGCAACAUUUCAGCACUUAACUAUGACCCCACAGAUAUAAAUUGGUCGAAGACCUAUAAUAACAACACAUCUAAAAUAGCAGACUUAACAAGUCUCAAAGACACAAACAGAAUACACAUCAAAACCAACUGGACUUUCAGAAUUGCUGAGCUGCACAUUAGAAAUCUCACUGUAAAUGACAGUGGAGAGUAUCAUUGUGAGCAUCUGAAUGUAACGGCAAAUAGUAAAAUUAUGUUAAGUAACAGAUCCAGGUUAAAUGUUACAGGUGACAAGGAAAUUGCUAUGGCCGUUACUAAAUCUGCAACUCAAAACUCCAUGAACAAAAUCACAGAAAAAGUAGCUGUUGUCAUCUCUGCCUCCGUUGUCUUCAUCCUGCUGCUGCUGCUCUGUGCAUCACUGUUGUUGUGGCAUAAAAAACGAAAUAAGACACCACAGACUCAUUUGAAGCACCUGGUUGCAAGCCAGGGUGCAGAGUAUAGUGCAAUCCUCGCUCAACAUAUUCAGGAAAAACCCCCACAGGACCCUGAAGCGUUUACAGUAGAUUAUGGUGUGUUGGCAUUCCCAAACAACAGUCCCUACAGAAAGUCAGCAGAGCUGUGUACACUGGAGCAAGUGGAAUAUGCUACAAUCAUGUUCCCACAGGGUACCCCAUCAAUGGGAGAAAGGAGAGGAAAAGAUGCUGCUUGUAAUCAUUCACCUCGAGUGUGCAGAGACUAAAUAAAAAAAGGACUGCAAUACAUUUGUCAGAUGUUGGAUUUCCAUCAGGAAUUCACUAGAACUCAAAGCAAAGUAUUGUGUCUCUCUUGACUUUCUAAUCCAUUCUAAUCAGCAUCCCUGAUUCUUAGUCUACCCCAGACAGAAUAGAAUAUAUUAAAGCUAAAUAUUUACGUCGUCUGCAGAAGUGGGAGAUAUUUUUAUUAUUGAAAAUGAGCAUACAGUAUAACUCAGAUCUACAAUGGGUUCCAGAGAUGUACAGUACAUACAGUAGUUCUGGAAAAAUGCCCCACUUAAAAUUUUUAUUUUUUUGUAAAUCUCAGUAACAUACGUGUAUACACAGUGCAAUAUGGUGUGGGCUAUGUGGAUUCAUAUCCUGUUAAUACACCCUUAUUUUCCACCACUUUGGUAAAAAAUGUAUUGUUAAUUUACUAGGAAGAUAAUUUGGGUUGUUUUAA